AUGAAAACAGUAGACAAUGGUACAGCUGACGUGGAACGAGGGACGACCAGGAACGUGGAACGUGGUUUGCAACACGAUCAACAGUUACGAUCUUGGUCGUCUUACCUCCCUUCGACGUCCGUACAAUUUCGAAACCCCGACUAUGGAAAAGACGCGUGUGUCGCGCCAGACAUCGAGCAGGGGCCGUUCGUGAGAGAUGCAGAGUUCAGGACGGAGCACCGCUUUGAAAGGUCACAAGCUGCAAUGGAUAUUUCGUCUCCGCGACGCCUACCAUCCCUGGUAGAAGCUAUGUAUAAUGACGGAAACAUAACUCCUGGCAUACUACGACCAGAGGAGAACCAUAACAGCUUCGGUCGAUGUCAUCACAAGGACAACCGGUAUCACAACAUCCUAGAUACCGCAUGCCUUGGAGACCUGAGUCGAAGGCCAAGCGAGUCCGACGAACACGAUUUACAGAGUGCUGUCACUCUCGUUGCCUCUCCGACUGCACAAGCACUAUUCGACAAGUACCAGGCACAAUACGCUACUCACCAAGAUUCGACCUCAUCAUGCAGCUCUUUUUCCAGCCAAGCUAGUGACGUGCGUAAUGCUGCCCCAACGAAUAGGUUGAUACGUUACUACACAGAUGGUAACAGUUUCGACGAAGAAAUCCUAACCAAGAGGGUCGACCGCUUCUCAACUGAAAUACAUCCGUGGCCGAUAGGUGAAGAUCAAAAGCAAGCCCACUAUCCCCUAACAGCUCAUCACUUUGAGAAGCUUCGGCAAGGCAGUUUACCGCCACCCUAUCAGCAGACAAAUCGCAAGGCUUCCGAUGCUGCUGCAGGGAAGUACAAACCACACUCGAAGCAGAGUCGUGAUCGUUACCUUCGACAUGCUGCUCAUACACGUGAGAAACAUACCUACCUCCUCAAGCUUUGCAAAGGAUUCCUCCUCUUUGGAAUACAAGCUCAUCGGCUAGAGGAGUACUUGCACAUAACGGCAUUACACCUUGGUAUUGCUGCAGAGUUUCAGUACAUACCACAUUGCAUGCUUAUUAUCCUUACCCAUCCAUACUACGACAGAAGUGAGGUACAUCUUCUGAAAGAGAGCACGGGCUUCGACCUAGGGAAGCUCGAAGAUGUCUACCAAGUUUAUCAUGCCGUUGUCGAGGAGCAGAAGGAUCUGCAAAUCGGUAUCGGAGAACUGGACAACAUCAUGCGAAGGCGAAAGACCUACACCAACGUACUCCUUAUCCUGCUGCAUGGUCUAGCAGCUAUGUGCGCCGGUACAUUCGCGUUUUCAGCUAGACCAGUGGACUUUGCGCCCCUCUACACCUUUGGCUGCCUACUCGCCAUCCUCCAGCUCCUCGUCAUACAGACCCCCAUCCGCAACUCUCACAUCCUCGAAGUCCUCACAUCAAUCAUCGUCACCUUUUCAGCACGUGGUCUCGGCUCAAUCCUUCUCGACAACGGCAGUCCCAUCUUCUGCUUCUCAGGCAUUGUCCAAGGCACCAUAGCCCUCAUCCUCCCCGGUCACAUCAUCCUAGCCGCAACCCACGAGAUCCAAAACCGCCAAGUCCUCUCCGGCACAGUCAAAAUGAUCUACGCCAUCCCAUACACACUAUUCCUCGGCUUCGGCAUCCUGAUAGGCACAACACUAUUCGGCCUCAUCGACCCAAAAGCAACCAGCAAAACAACCUGCGACGUGCCCUGGUACUGGGAUACGCUCCACGACCGCUGGCACGCCACAUACGCGCAAUUCGUAUGGGUCCCGGUCUUCGCCCUCGCCAUCUCAAUCAUGCACCAGGCUAAACCCCAACACCUCCCUGCCAUGGUCUUCAUCGCCACCUGCGGCCACCAAGCAUUCUACUGGUCCCUCUCCCGCUUUGCGCAAAAUCUGCAAUUCGCAGGCUUACUCGCCGCCUUUGCCAGCGGCCUCCUCGCGAACAUCUACGCGUUGUUCGCGAAUUGUCUUGCGGCGACGGUCCUCCUCCCAGCGGUACUGGUCCAUAUCCCCAACGCGCUGGCUGCGAGUGGGAGUCUUGUUGCGGGCGUCAGUACGGCGGAUGCGAUUGUCACGAACACGACUCAAUGGGUUAAUGAUGAUGGGAUGAUCAGGCAGAGGAGAGCGGUGGAUUUGUUGUAUGCGAGGGAUUUCAACGUGAAGGGGUCGAGUGGGUCGACGGGGUUGAUUAUUACGAGCGGGAUUGGGAUGGCUCAGGCGACGAUUGGGAUCGUGGUGGGGUUGUUUUUGAGUGCGUUUGUUGUGUAUCCGUUUAGGAGGCGGAAGGCUGGGGCUCUUGCUUUUUAG